CCCUCCCCCCUCUGAGAAAGAGGUCUGGCCCCAGACUAGACUUUAUCCAUACAAGCGACUUCCUGUGCAUGACGGCUGUGUUUGUUUAGUUAUACAAAAUUAGUAUGUGUUCUCACUGUAAAGUAUAAUGUGUGAAUCAGCUGAGUACAAAGCAUUCAAGGACUGUCACAGCAGUCUUCUUACUUGUAUUAAGCAGUCCCCUAAAGAUGUCUGUGAUCAUUUACUCCCUUUCGAGAUCCUAGCACCGGAUGAUCGCGAUUAUCUUAGGAAUGACACUCAUGAUGCUGGUGACAAAGCCCGACGAAUACUUGAUGCUGUGCUACUUCAGAUAAAAAAUGAUCCACAGGUUUUCCAUUCAUUCGUUAGUGCUCUUGAAGCAGCUGGUGGCUUUACGAAGGCUGGUGUACAAGAACUCAAGGAUGCAUUACAGAGACAACAUCAGCAGUGCGAUCAAAGUCAAAGAAUGGAAGAGAACCGCUAUGAGAACAGUCCAAUGAGCCUACUACAGCCAUUACCCGAGUUAGCUGUGACUGAAGAAGCUGGGUCAGUUUUUGAGUUACCUACCAUGGACGAUGGAGAUGGAGGAACACUACCUGAUCCAUUAGAGCACCCUCCUGAUGACACUGAAGUGGGAGCGGACCUCAGAGCAGCUGCAACAAGUCGACAAGUAGCACCCACUGCUGAUUCAUUUGGAGGACGAUUGCUACAAACUUUCCAAAGUGGAGAAAUUGAACAAGUCAUUGAGCUUUUAUCCCAGGCUAAAAGUCAGUCCAUUGAUCUGAGAGGUGUGUCUGAUGCAGACGGCAAAACUCUCCUUCAUCUUGUUUGUCGCAAAAACUGGGUGGACUGGUACCACAUUGUGAGUAGCCUUGUCGAAAAUCACUAUUGUGAUGUUGCAGCAGUGGAUGAAGAUGGGAACACACCCCUUCAUGAGGCAUAUCAAUGUGGCAAUCUCCCAUCCGUAGAGUACCUACUUAGUCUACCGAGUUGUAAUCCUGACGCAAUCAACAAGUACGAGUACACUGUACUGAGAAUGGCCCUUGAGAAAAAUGACAAACAAACUGUGGCACAACUUCUAGCAACAGGACGAGUUGAUCCUAGAAAAGGUAGCUCAUGCGGUCAUACAUACUCAGAAUUGCUUGCAAUGAAUCAGCUCCAACCACAACCACAAGAUUACGAUGGCUCAGCUCUUCAAAUGGUGAUCCAGUUUGCAGAAUGCAUGGAGGGUAACAAUCACGUUCGCCAACCGUUCACUUCUUAUUGCUUGCAUAAAAUGCUUCACAAGAUAUUGAAGAAUCGUAAUCAAGUUACAAUUACUAGAAUAGUAGACCGCAUUAAAGAAAACAUGUUACCUCUUCCAAAAGAACCUGAUAAGAUUCAUAAUUUGAUUAUUGAUAUUCAAAGCCUGUCAGACGAGUUUGACAUACGUGGGGAGCCCACUAAUGUUGUGGAUAUUCAAAUAAGAAAGAAAGAAGGUAGAGAAAUCUUUCAACGUGAUAUUCAACAAGAGAGCAUAAACACAACUCAGAAUGUUACUGUUCCAGCUGAUGUUGAAGAUCAGGAAACAUCCGACUACUCUAAUGCAAGAGAGUAUGGGAAAUACCCUAGGGCUUCAGAAUUUCGUAAUUCUAGCAGAUAAUGAAGAACAGGAAAUACCUGACUACUACUCUAAUGCAAGCGAUGAACUACCGAUGUUGCAACCUUCACAUACAGAGGAGCAGAAUACAACACAAAAUGAUGAGUGUUGCGAAAAUACAUAUAUAGUAUGUGUAUGCAGUUGCUGUUGUUGUUUUAUUGUCUCUUUAAUUCUUGGAAUAUGCGGUGCAGUAUUGUACGAUGGCUAUUCACUUGUUGGUACUACUGAUGUGGUACAAAUUCACCGGCAAUCCAUUCCACUAAUCGCAAUACAGGAUCCAUCGACUAACUUCGUUAGGCUCUCAGAAAUAAUUACUAGUGGAACAGACUUAGUUACCAUUAUCUUCUAUAAGUUAAGCGAUUGUUCUUCUUCAACUGCCUUUAUAGGCGUCGAGAUCAAUGAGAUAAUGACUGUAAACUUUGGCUCUCCAACUAUCAAGAGCAAGCCUGUUACUGAGUUAUAUCUGGUAGGAAACACUACACUUACUGUAGAUAUCACCACCAAUGUGCCCUCAACAAAUUCUUUUACGGCUCUCGUUGUUUUUGACAAUCUUAGAAACUACUUAAAUUUCAUUUCAAGCUCUUCGUUGGACAAUUACUAUUUUAUGGAUUUCAUUGCUAACGGAAAAUCACAAACUAAGAUCAGUUUAAUUUUCAACAAAACAUCGUACUACUAUAUUGGUUUGUACACAGACAUUCCGACUGAAGUUACUACUUUUACUGUACACUUUCGUGGGAGAAUUCUUCAAUAUGACAUUACAAAAGGAAACACUUUCUGCUUUAUAAGCUCUCUUGAUGAUUUAAGUUGUGAAUUUUCUCCGAAUUCCAACCAGCAAACUUGUAUUGUUGGUUCUGUGCCACCUAUAUAUACUGAUACACCAUUUGGAAUAAGAAGAGCAACUGUAGAGUAUUCCACUGCUCUCAACUCAGAUACAGCAACCAACACUUUAUUUUUUAUUCCUUUAAUGUUAUCUUGUUUAUGGGUUUGUUUUCUGAGCUGUUUUCUAUGGGUUUAUGGUAGUUUACCACCUCAGCAGCAUCAGGCAGCACACAACUAAUUACGUCAUACUUAUGAUUGCUAUUUUUUAUCUUUUUACUAUAACGAUUGAUCAA